AUGCUCCCCAACCCUGUAUUUGCCAACAUAGCUCUGGUAACUCCCAAAAAGGAACUCCAACAACAGAUCAAGGCCGCCCUAGACCAGGGCAAGUCAUUGGAGGAAAUACUGCAGUUCCUCCAAAACAAGUCUAAGGCACCUCCGUCCAUUAAGCGCGCCUUCAAGGACUAUCAAAUGGAGUCAGGCCUACUCUUCUACCAAGGCCAGAUUGUAGUCCCUGACAUUGGAGACCUGAGAACAGACCUACUGUGGAUCUUCCACAACAGCCCCCUGGCCGGUCACCCAGGUAGACAGCAAACGCUGGAACUUGUCUCAAGGAACUAUUACUGGCCUGGAAUCCACGCAGACACUUACUGGCACAUGGACUCUUGCAAAACUUGUCAACAAAUCCAGAAACCCAAGUACGCGCCCAUUCCGCCUCAACCCCUAGAACUACCAACACGCCCCUGGCAGCACGUGUCAUACAAUAUGAUAGUGGAUUUGCCCAAAGAUGGAAAUAGUGACUCUAUCCUGGUCAUUGUAGACAGCUUCACCAAAUAUGUCAUCUUGGUGGAGUAUUCCAAAAAGCUCAAGGCCCUGGAACUAGCAGACCUAUUCCUACGGCACAUAUGGAAAUGUUACAGCAUGCCCAAAAAGACAAUCUCAGAACAAGGGAGAGUCUUCAACAACAAAUUCCUGAAAGCUCUGUCCAAGCUUAGUCGUGACAACCACCCUCAAAGUGAUGGCCAAACAGAACAAGUAAACCCCACAGUGGAACACUUCCUGUGGGCCUAUUCAGGGAUCAACCAGAAGGACUGGGUCAAAUGGUUGCCAAUGGCGGAGUUUGCCUACAACAACGCAACUGUCCGACGUCCUUAA